UUGAAAGAGGGCAGACAGACAGAGAGAGAGAGACGGUGACUCGGGCGUCCCGUGUGACGGAGGGGGAAUCGAGCUUUGGACAAACCGCUGCACCACACACUCCAAACACGAACUGUUGUCUUUUGAGAGAGAGAGAGAGAAAGAAAAAAAAAACGAGUGAAGAAAAGAAAGAGGCAGAGUCAUUGUGGAUCAUUUACAGAGGGGAAUAUCCUGCACCACAACUCGUUUCUUUUCUCUUUCUUUCUCGUCUUCCACCUCCUCUCAGAUCUCGAUGCUUUGCUUUGGGAUUUGUGCUCCAAAUCCAUCAAAUUCCUCUCUUGAUCUUUCUCUUCGUCAACCGAAACAUUUCGAGCUGCAAAUUUUUUCCAGAACUUUGCAACCCAACAAGCUGAGACAGACGUUUGCAGGAUUUCACUUGGACUAAAAAGUUGAAUCCAAGCCCGGUUCUGGAAUGAAUUUAACCGAUCCCAGCUUGUCUAGAGAGACUCUUCUGCAUGCCGGCCGGAUGUCUCUCGGGGGCCCCUGGGCGUCCGGGACCCCGAGCCCUGCUUCUGAUUCUGAAAUAGGUUUUGAGCAGAACCUCUCCGGGGACUGUGGUUCUCCCGAUGGCCUUGGAGCCGGGAAGAUGAGGAGAACAGAAGUGAGGGUUUCUCUGACACCCAGUUCAGGGGGACAGAGUCCGGACCUGACCCAGGCAGGAAGUGUGUCGGCAGGCACGGCCGACGGGAAGGCUGUGGGGGGUGAGCAGAGGAUCCGCAGGCCCAUGAACGCCUUCAUGGUCUGGGCCAAAGACGAGAGGAAGCGACUGGCUGUGCAGAACCCUGACCUGCACAACGCUGUGCUCAGCAAGAUGCUCGGUCAGUCAUGGAAGGCCCUGAGUGCUACAGACAAGCGGCCAUUUGUGGAGGAAGCAGAACGUCUCCGUGUCCAGCACCUCCAGGAUCACCCAAACUACAAGUACAGGCCCCGUCGCAAAAAGACCACCAAAAAACUCAAGCGGGUUGAACCGGGGCUUCUGCUUCACAGUUUAGCCCAUGGCGGGGCACCAGGCCUUGGAUUAGGACCUGGUAUCAGCCCCUUGGGUGCAGAAAGUGUCUCUGGAGGUUCUGCUUAUGGUAAUGUAGGUGCCCACCCUUCACAUCACCAUCACUCCCACCAUCUUCUGCACUCUCUCGGGCACUUCAGGGACCUCCAGGCCCCAGGACACCUAGAGCUGGAGAGCUAUGGCCUGCCCACUCCGGAGAUGUCCCCUCUGGAUGUUCUGGAAGAUGGAGCCGGGGAAUCUGUGUUUUUCCCCCAACAUAUGCAAGAAGAGGCAGGUUUGGGAGGUUGGAUUGGCUACCACCACCACCUUCACCAUCCUAACCAGCAUUACAGCCAUAAUUACAACAACCACAGUCACCACAGCUCCAUCAAUGGCGCAGCAACACACAGUUCAGGAAUGAGUGUUGGUGCCAGUUCAAGCAACUGUUUGAACUCCAAUUUGAGUCCAGGUAGAAGUUCCAGAGUUGAUACUAGAACGAGUUCUGUCGAGUCAAAUAUGACAUCGAGCAUGAGCUCUAGGUUAAAUCCCACCUCUGGUCACCACAUUGCCUUGCGGAGUCCUGUAAAGUGCCCACCACCUCUGUCCGACUGCUCCUCCCCUGUGUCUUACCCCCAGCCCUCCAUCAGCCUCCCUGAGCCGAUAAAAUCCCACCUAACGCCACAUCAAUCCACUGCUCCUGUCGGCUACUUCAGCCAAAUGUAUGGGAACAGCACUCCAAAUGCUGCGUAUUACAUGCCCUCUCAGCUGGGGCAGCUUUCACCUCCACCUGAAACUUCUCCUUCUUCCUGCUCAUCCUCCUCCAUCCCCACAUCCACCUUCCCUCCUCCGUUGCACUUAGACCCUUCAAAUCCAGAGUCCUCCUGCCAUUUGGGGUCUUCUUCUGCUGAGUUCUGGUCCGAGGUGGACAGGCAUGAGUUUGACCAGUAUGUAAAUGUCGGAAGGAAUCGAGAGGAGGCCUACGGGCGCGGUGGGGACUGUGGGUCGAAAGUCUUGAGUGGGCGAAGUAGCAGUAGUGUAGGUAGUAGCAUGAAUAGCAGUAUUAUGAACAGGGAUGUCAGUAGCAUUUUGAGUGGUGCUGGUGGCUGUAAUGAAGAGAGCAGCCCUCUUAUAUCUGCUCUUUCUGAUGCCAGCAGUGCUGUCUACUACAGCGCCUGUAUCACUGGAUAAAUACUCCAUGAUCUCAUCUCUCGAUGUGUACCUCCUUGCAUACUGCACAGUUUGGUUUGGUUCAUUUGAACUAUUGUUACAUGAUCUGGAGGAAGUAUGUUGGGAACAUUAGUUUUGGCUCAUUUUCUUAGCCAUUGUCAUGCCUUGCUUGUCUCUCACAGUCUCCAACUCUCAAUUUAAAAGCUUUUCUUCAUUCUAAAAAAGAAAGAUGCAGACAAGUGUUUUUUAUCAUACCAACUUUUACUGGAGCUAGAGCUGGUUAGAGAAAAAAACUGUUUUCUUUUUAAAUGUGCAAACUGGAAAAAUAAAAACUUAAGUAGCAAAGAAAGCACUUUUGUCAAAUAAAAAAAAAAAAUGAAAACGCUGAAUACUUCGUUUAGAUUGAUUAAUGCAUCCUUGAACAUUAUCUUGAAUGAUUGUCUGGCUAGCUAAGCAGCAUUCAUUGAUAUCUACAUGCUAGUGUGGCUAGCUGAGAUUGUGUUAACUUGCUAGUAUGGGUAAUUAGAUAUGCAUGGAUUACUAGUUCAUGGCAACUUUUAGGCAGAAGUUCUAGCAGGAGGUUUUGGCUUCUGCUGAGCAAUUGCAAAAUGAGCUACUGUCAGUCACUUAGCUAGCAUAGGGAAUCAGAAAAAAACUCACCAUUUCUGUUGCAUCACUCCCAGCUUGAUGCUCUUCAUCAAGAUGAGUGCGUGUUAAUCCAAAUGAAUACAGUAUCACAGAAAGAUCUUCAGAACUUGUAAUAUUUUGACUUUAGACACUCAAGGAAAAGAAAGAAAUAGGCCUACGUAUGCCAGGCAGACAAACUAAAAAAGCAUUGUGUGUUUUCACCUACUCAUAAAGGGUGCUCGGUCUGUGUUAGCAUGUGUAAUGCUAAUAAACCAGGAGUCUUUAUCAAUAGCUGGAAACAUUUAUGACCUGGAAGCUGUUCUGGUGGCUACAUAGUCGGAAGGAUUCAGGGAUGUAGGAUAUCAACUAGUUAAAUUGCCUACCUGCUUCUACCUGUGCCACAGAUUUCGUUUGUCUGCACUCUAACCCUUUCUGGUGACAGACAGUACAUGCUACAGGAAGAUUAUGCAAGCAAAAUGAUUUCUUUAAUUGCACUGUGUGUACUCUGGUCAACAGAAAAAUCCACGGCUAUGACAAAUCUGAAUUUUAAGACCAUCUCGUAUCAUUAUUGACCUUUAAUCUCAGGACCAGACAAAUAUUCAUCUCAGCUGAACUUUAUGAAUUUAAUUUAAUCCAUUCUGUCCAUUAAAUGGGAACAUGAAGAACAAUGAGAAAUUUGGGAGAUGGUGAGAGAAAGAAAGACUGGAUAGGAGAGACUUGAUCCAGCCUCCACAUGUAUAUCUCAGCAGUGUUGUCGGGAAAGCCUUGGCCACGGCCCCGAGCAGACCACUGAUGUCUCCCACAAACUGUAAGGAUGUUUUACAAGCCGGGUCGGUUUUUUUUUUUUUUUCUGACCGUGAUACAUGCCGUUCCCUCUCUGUCUCAGUCCAUGACAGGGCCUCAUGUCAAACUCCCUGCCAAAAUAUGCAAGUUUUAAGUUGCUUUGCUUCCUGGCAAACACGGAUAUGUUGAUGAAUCAAAGAUCAUUCUUUAUGACCAGUAAGCCUCUCUGGUAUAACAAGCAUAUCACUUGUUUAAACAAAAUGUCUUUUUUUUAAAGUUAAAAAGUGUAAUUUAGUUCUACAAAUAACAGAAGAUUGGGGUCUGCAAAUAAAGUGCUAUUGGAACGAGUCUAAAGCUUCACUUUAUACUUCAAAAAUCAUCAUGUCUAUAAGGUCUGCAUAUUUGCAAGUUCGUGCAAAGCAACAUAGAUAUUGGUUAACCGUUUGGUUACAAUUACAAAUUGUUCCAUUCUUAAUUUCAUUAGAACGUUUAUGGAUAAUUGUUCAUGUGGUAAGUCUUAUUAUUUUUGGAAAUCUGGUUUUGAUGUAGCCUUUGACUGUAUAUAUAUAGAUGCUAUGCCUCUUGGCAGCAUGUGAAGGAGAAAUUGAAACUAUGAAAAGUUCUCUUUGCACUGGGUUUAAUGUCUUAGCUGUAUAGAAGGAACACUACUUAUUAAAAGCCAAACAAUUUAAAUGUUGUACAGAAAGGACUGUGUUUUUUUUUUAUGUUUCUUUUAUUAAAGGAAUAGUUUGACAUUUUAGGAAAUGGGUUUGCUUUCUUGCUGAGAGUUAGAUGAGAAGAUUGAUGCCAUUCUCUUGUCUGUUUUUUAAAUACGGAACAGCUGGCCUCUUUUGCUUCAAAAUCAAAAAGUCCACCUACCUGCUGGUAGGUGGACUAAUACCUACUAGCUAACAUGUUGUAUCGUCUUGUUUAAUGUGUACCCAAACAGAAAUCUAGAGAGAAUCAUUUUUGGUUGUGGACCAAUUUAAUUAAAGGUGUUAAUUAUGGACCGAUCCAGACUAGCUUUAUCACCCUGUGUGUGUGUGUGUGUGUGUGUGUGUGUGUGUGCUAAACUAUGCUAAUCGCCUCCCGGCUCCAGCUCUGUACUUAUCCCACAGACACGACAGUGACAACGACAGUCACACUCUCAAUGUGAAUAAGCCUAUUUCCCCCAAAUGUUAAACUACUCCUUUAAAGCAUUGGAGCAGUGCGUUUCCACUGUUCUUUUCUUUUGUCGUUCAUCCAAAAUGUAUGUGUAUUGUGUGUGUAAACUUGCCUUCAAAAGGAAAUCUAUAAGUGUAAAGAUCUCUUGUAGAUCUGUAUGGGUCUUUAAUGGGUUACAUGUUCCACUUAGUGACACCAGCAAACCCAGAAAUGUUCCCUCCCACACCAAUGUUAUUUACCUGCGUGGCUGGAAAUGAAAACAACAAAUUUAUUCGGGCUGAGAAAAUCAAAAUCCACACUUGUAGCCACUGUAGAGGUCUCUCUGUAUGUGAAGGAUAUACUGUAUGCUGUAAUAUUUAUGAAUACAGUGGGAGCAAGUCUCUCUUGAAGGAUUUAGCCUGCAUCUGUUCUGCAUUAGUCCUACAGACAAUCCUUUUUUUUUUUUUUUUUUUGUACAUGAAACAGUAGAACAAAAUUGUGUAUCUUGUACAGUGAAACCAGUUAUAUUUACCACACUGUUACUUGUGGCCACCGUUGGUUGAAAACAGAGCAACAGUAGAUUUUUCCAAACAUUUCCUCUAGAGGAUGGAGCCGCAGAGAAGCGGCAGUUCAAGCAAAGUAUUAAAAAAAAAAAAAUACUUCUACAUCUGCAUUAGACAUUCUUCUCUGUUGACACCAAACAGCCUUGUUUCCAUUCUAAUUUACUGUGACACACAAAGAACAUCAGAGAGACAGGCAGGGCUUCUUCUUUUUUUUGAGUCGUGCAAUAACUCUGGGGCUUUUGGUAAUAAUUAUCUGAAAAAAAAAAAAAAUACAAAAGAAACACCCAAGAUAUUGGGAUUAAAACAAAGGACAUUUUCUCAGCAGUCAUAUAACGACAAAUUAAAAGCAGGAUUUUCCCAGAAGUGUAGUUGUGAUGCUUCUAAAUCUGUCUGACAGGGAUCAUUUUUACAUUUUGUGCAGAGAAUAGUUUUGUUUGUGUUCAUAUUUGAGAAAUGUGGGUUGGCUGUAAUUGGAAAAUGGAUGGAAAAUAAUGUGACAAAAUAAACUCUUCUAAGGUUUCA